AUGUCCUUUAUUCUUCAUCAUCCUUCGACAUUGGUGAUCGACUCUGCCAUCAGAGAUUGGGUCUUAUUGCCAAUUGUCGCUUUUAUUUUGUUAUUUAGUAUUUUGAGACAUUAUGCAUCAAUAUAUUUCAAGAGUAACAAGGAACCACCAGUUGAUAAAUUUACUCAUUUCCAAACUUUAACAAAAGGACAAAUACUUGGACGUAAUUUUAACUUUAUUCCUCUUCAAUCCUUCUUGACAAGGAAGGCCUUUUUCAAUAGAGAAAAGGAUGGCGAGUUUCGGAAAAAGAUUGAAAAUAAUCCUUUGACCGCCAUGGCUGAUCCUAAUAAUAUGACUGAAAUGAUGAAGAACAAUGUUCAAACCAUGGUUCCUAACUUGGUCAUGUUUGGUUGGAUUUAUUUCUUCUAUGCUGGAUUUGUUAUUGCUAAAUUCCCAUUCCCUCUUUCUGAUCGUUUCCGAGCAAUGGUUCAAAGAGGUAUUGAACUUCAAAGUCUUGAAACUUCCUAUGUUACCAGUGCUUCCAUGUACUUUUUGAUUUUAUUUGGUGUGAAGGGUGUUCUUUCAUUGUUGUUAGGUGAAAAUGUUGCUGAUGAAGCUCAAUUAAUGGCCAAUUCAAAUCCACUUACUAUGGGACAAAUGGGAGCAACUCCAGGAGCAAAUCCAAUGUUAAUGGUUGAUUUUGGUAAAGCUUUUGAAAGUGAAAAGGAUAAUUUGGAACUCAUUCAACAUACACAUGAGCCGCUCAAUGAAUCAGAAUCUGCAUUGUUAGCAAAAUGGAAGACUCAAUAA